UUCGCCUUCAGCGUCGCCUACACCACCUCCGCCUUCCCGGCGACCCUCACCGCCGACGCCGACAUCCGCGCCCACGAGGCGCUCCUCGCAACCAACAGCCUCGGGCUGGUCAACCCCGGCGGCACGGUCUGCCGGGUGGUCGACUUCGCCCCGGGCAAGCCGCCGCUGAUGCACCGCACCCGCAGCCUGGACUACGGGAUCGUGCUGGAGGGGGAGAUCGAGAUGGUGCUGGACUCCGGGGAGACGCGGCGCCUCACGCGGGGCGAUAUCGCCGUGCAGCGCGGUACGAUGCACGCGUGGCGGAAUCCCCAUCCGACGCAGUGGACGCGGAUGGUGUUUGUGUUGCAGGAUUGCGAGGUGGUGGAGGUUGGUGGGGUGGUGUUGGGGGAGGAUUUG